UGACUGCAGAUAAAAGAAAUACAAACAAAAAUUAAGAGUCAUUAUCCAUUCUACGACUAAACCUAACAUACAUUUCUCUUUGUUUACCACAUCCAACGUGUGUUCACCAAACAUACAGAGCGAACGCUAACAAAGGUAGCCUAUCUCACAAUAGGCACUAAGACAAGUCAUCCGGGAAAGCGCCCUCAGAUAUGGACACAUUACAUCUUUAACCCUCAAAACCCCGCAUCACUUCCGCUGUUUCUCCUCUCAUCUCUCCAGCAGAGCGUCACCUCACCCUCAGUCGGUCUCGCGUCUAACAGCUCUCUAGCCGGAGGUUUACAUGCCUUUGCAUCCAUCUGAAAGUAUACACUGAGAGAAAUGUCUGCUGCCGGAGAUGUGCCUGCGUUCUUCCAGAACAUGGGACGCUCCAGCCCCAACCAGCCACGGCAGAAAUUCUGUGGCAUGUUCUGCCCAGUGGAGGGUUCGGUGGAGAACAAGACACUGGACUUUGACUUGCUGUCAUCAGGGAAAGGUCGAGUGAUCCAGAGGCAGAAGGAUAUCUCCAAACCACGAAAGGUGGAGAUCAGGAGAAGUACCGGAAAAGAGAUUCUGCAGAACCUAAACGACGAGUGCUGCGGUGUGAAAACAAUGGAUGCUCAUGGGCGUAUGGUGAUGCCGGGUGGCAUUGAUGUGCACACGCGCUUCCAGAUGCCUGACAGAGGCAUGACUGCUGCGGAUGAUUUCUAUCAAGGCACCCGUGCUGCGCUGGCUGGAGGAACCACCAUGAUCAUUGAUCAUGUGGUUCCUGAACCCGGGACGACUCUGAUCUCGGCCUUCAAUCAGUGGCGGGAAUGGGCGGAUAGCAAAGCGUGCUGUGAUUAUUCUCUUCAUGUGGACAUCACUGAAUGGCACAAGGGUGUUCUAGAGGAGAUGGAGGCGCUCGUCAAAGAUCACGGCGUUAACUCUUUCCUCGUCUACCUGGCUUACAAAGAUGUUUUCCAGCUCACUGAUUCCCAGAUCUACGAAGUGUUCAGUGUCAUCCGGGACCUCGGGGCCAUCGCUCAGGUCCACGCUGAGAACGGAGACAUCAUAGUCGAGGAGCAGCGCAGGAUUUUGGAGUUGGGUAUCACUGGACCAGAGGGACAUGUCCUCAGUCGACCAGAAGAGUUGGAGGCGGAGGCAGUGAACCGCUCCGUAACAGUGGCCAAUCAGACCAACUGCCCUCUUUACAUCACCAAGGUGAUGAGCAAGAGUGCCGCUGAUGUCAUUGCCCAGGCCAGGAAGAAAGGCACCGUUGUGUAUGGAGAGCCAAUCACAGCCAGUCUUGGCACUGACGGCUCGCACUAUUGGAGCAAGAACUGGGCCAAGGCUGCUGCCUACGUCACGUCCCCACCCUUGAGCCCGGAUCCCACCACACCAGACUAUCUCAACUCACUGCUGUCAUGUGGGGAUCUGCAGGUAACAGGAAGCGCUCACUGCACCUUUAACACCGCCCAGAGAGCUGUGGGUAAAGACGACUUUACCCUCAUCCCUGAAGGAACCAAUGGCACUGAGGAAAGGAUGUCCAUCAUCUGGGACAAAUGUGUGGUAACUGGAAAAAUGGACGAAAAUCAGUUUGUGGCCGUCACCAGUACCAACGCCGCUAAGAUCUUCAACUUGUACCCGCGCAAGGGCCGCAUCGCAGUGGGUUCAGACGCCGAUCUGGUUCUGUGGGACCCUGAACUCACGAAGAUCAUCUCAGCGAAGAGCCACAAUCUGGCGGUGGAGUACAACAUCUUCGAGGGCACUGAGGUGCGUGGGUCGCCUCUGGUGGUCAUCAGCCAGGGAAAGAUUGUGCUGGAGGAUGGGAACCUCCACACCACUGAGGGAUCCGGCCGCUACGUGACCCGCAAGCCCUUCCCUGACUAUGUCUACAAGAGGAUAAAGGCUCGCAGCAGGCUGGCUGAACUGAGGGGCGUCCCACGGGGUCUCUACGACGGGCCGGUCUGUGAAGUCUCAGUGACGCCCAAAGCUAUGACCCCUGCUUCCUCUGCCAAAACCUCUCCUGCCAAGCAGCCCGAUCAACCGGUCCGCAACCUGCACCAGUCUGGCUUCAGCCUCUCCGGUGCUCAGAUUGACGACAACAUCCCCCGCCGCAACACCCAGCGCAUUGUUGCGCCCCCUGGUGGCAGGACCAACAUCACCAGCCUGGGCUAGAUGAUCUCCCUCAGCCUGACAGGAGAAUAGGGGGUUGGGGGGGAGGGGUGUCUAUAACGGAGGUGUUUGCUGAGACCACCAUGUCACAUCAAGAACAGGGCCUAUGAUUCUCCACUCCCUAGUCUCCCAACCCCUGAGCUCCAUCCCGAUUCCCUUGUUUUUCUUUUCCCAACCUUACACCACUUCCUAAAGGAGACAUCUAGAGAAAAAAAGCAUUUGCCUCAUGUGAAGAGAGAAGGAAAAAAUGUAACAUCCACAUUUGAGCACUUCUGAUUGUAUGAUUUUUAUACUGUACUUUCGACCCACCACGAGUCAUGUUAUUAUUUUUGUAUUUAACUUUAUUUGCUUUUUGAAAUCAGAGGGAUCAAGUGUGUGUAUUAGAGAAGCUGUUUGUCAUUGUUACUUAUUAACAAGGCAGUGGUUAGAGUACUGGGUUUCUUGUGUCAUUGUUUGUGGCUAAAAGUCUAUUAAGACUUUUAAGUCUACUACAUUAGGAAUGUCUUUAUUUUUGGGAAUCUUUUACUAAGUUUUUUUGUUUUUACUCAAACAAGCCGUUUACAUCAUUGUGAACACCUGACCGUAUUCCGCCCGUGCCCUUUCCGUGGCAUUCAAUGCGAUCAUUUCUGUACCAGUCAAUAAAAGAAAGCUUUUCCAGUGGUUGCUGAUUAAAAACCAUGUGUUGUUUCACAACCAGAGAUGUGUAAUUAACACUGUUAAUGUUACUGAAGAAGAAACCGCAUGUAAAAACAAGCAGCUUAGCAAUGUUGGAGAAAAUAAGAGAGGACCACAAAUGAUUCUAGCUGGAAACCUUCCUUGUUCUAGCCUCAAACUCUUUUUUUUCGCACAUGCUGCUUUAAUACCCAAAGGCUAAGAAGAGGAUAAAGUCAAGGUUGUAUUUGGCCAUGAAAAAUAGUGGGCUGUUUAGCUACUGUGAGGACUAUUGAGAACUUAAAAGGUGUUAUCUAUGGAAGGUUGAUUCCGUCACGGGAUAAAAAAAA